AUGGAUGACUUUGGGGAAUAUCCGCCAAAUAUGGCACCCCAAGAUGCGCUCAUAGUACGCGAACAUGCUGAACCCGAUCACGCUGUCGUGCCUUACACCGGCGAAGAUCUUGCGCGACCUAGACUCGGGCCUCUCAACCCAUACAAGGACGAAGCGAAUGCGCUAAAACGUAAAAACAUUCUCACCGGCCAUGCAGAAGAAACUUUCCUUAGCGAACAUACCUUUCGAAAUAAACAUCGCGCUAUCGAGCGUAAGGGUGGUCCAGAGAGAGAAUACCAGUCCGGUGCUGCAGUAAAGGAGGAAGCAGCCAAAUUAAGGCAAUCGAGGCAAGGAAAAGGCAACGCGACUAUCGCUGAUGGAGACGGCGCAUACGUAGGGCCCUGGGCAAAAUAUCAGAAAGAUGAAUACGAAGAAGUUGCAGAAGAUGAAGAACUAGCAAGUGAUGAAGAGGUCGAAUACGUUUACGAAGACGAAGACGAUGUCGUAGCAAGCGGUACUGUCGUCUCAGCACCGGUGGAUGCCAUAGCCAGGAGGAAAGUAGUAGAGGAAUUAGGAGACGAGCAAACCAUAUUCCACGGCCAGGAGGAAUACGACUACCAAGGGAGGACCUACAUGCACGUACCCAAAGAUUUGGAUGUCGAUUUACAAAAGGAGCCCGGCAGUAUCACGAAUUACAUCCCCAAGAAGUUGGUUCAUACAUGGAAAAACCACGACAACAAGGCUGUCACCGCUCUUCGAUUCUUCCCGAACUCGGGACAUCUAUUAUUAUCAUCUGGUGCAGACAGUACGGUCAAGAUCUGGGAUGUUUACCAUCAAAAAGAGCUUUUACGAAGUUAUCUAGGCCAUUCCAAAGCUGUCUCGGAUAUUUGCUUUAAUAAUUCUGGCACGCAGUUUCUCUCGGCAUCAUAUGACCGCCAAAUGAAGUUAUGGGACACCGAAACAGGUGCCUGUAUCAACAAGUUUACAACCGGCAAGACACCCCACGUCAUCAAGUUCAACCCCUCCCCCGAGCAUUCGCAUGAAUUCCUCGCAGGUAUGUCGGAUAAGAAGAUCGUCCAAUUCGAUACACGAACGAGGGAGCUUGUCCAGGAAUACGAUCACCAUCUAAAUGCCGUCAACACUAUUACCUUCGUAGACGACAACCGACGGUUCAUGACUACAUCUGACGAUAAGUCGCUACGCGCAUGGGACUACAACAUUCCCGUACCCAUCAAGUACGUUGCGGAACCGUACAUGUUCCCAAUGACGCGCGCGUGCCUACACCCGUCGAACAAAUACGUUGCAUAUCAAUCAUCCGACAACCAGAUCGUAGUCUACGGCGCCAAUGACAAGUUCAGGCAAAAUAGGAAGAAGAGUUACCGAGGGCAUAACAACGCCGGCACAGCUAUCGACGUCGCGUGCAGCCCCGAUGGGCAGUUUCUCGCGAGCGGUGAUAGCGGUGGGUUUGUGUGCUUCUGGGAUUGGAAGACGUGUAAGAUGUAUCAUAAAUUACAAGCGGGUGACCAGCCGAUCACAUGCGUACAGUGGCAUCCUCAGGAAACGAGCAAGGUCGUCGCGGCUGGUUUAGAUGGUAUUAUCAGAUAUUGGGAUUAA